GACAUAUUCUCCUUGGUUAGUAAAGCGGCGAGCGUUUGAUUUUGCCGCGCGUUAUCUAAAGAACCGUAAAAUUCGCUCGCCUUCAUGAAUUCUUUGGUCUAACGAUUUCUUUGGAGUAGCGUAAUGCUUCUCACUGUCGGAUGUGUGGCCGUUUUCUGGUCCUUGGUAACAGCUUUUGCGGCCACAUUACGUCGGUUAAUAUUUGCGUUACAUCAACCUGAAGUACCCUCCAAUGCAGGGGUCCGCGUUGGUGAAUCUGUUGAUUUAGUGUCAGACGAGACCUCAACCGUUCGAUCAUGGAGUCUUCCUCGUCAUUCUUGGCGUGUUUUCCGUUGGCUGCAUAUCAACGAAGUCUUUCUUCUCGCACUGCUUGAUUCAGUGGCAGCAAUGGAGGUGUGUGCUUGCAGCUUGGAAUGCUGGCCUAUUCGCGCUGCGGCUGGCAACAAUGGACUGUUGUUUGCGAUCGCGAUGAACGGUGUCCGUGGGGCCAUUUUCACCUGCAAAGAUGCUUACGGCAGUCCAUGCAACCCAUGGUACAGACUCCUUCGUCGAAAAUCGGAUCCAUUUUGGGUCGGUAUCACUUGGGCUCUCCAGUUACUGAGUGCCCACGUCGCACUAACACUUGUACAAAUUUGGUGGUCACUGAAACUCACAGAACAUCACGCCGCAAGCUACAAGCUGCUGACUGUUCUCACAUCCAAGACAAACGAGUCGACACAAAUUCCAUCAGAUCUACGCGUUUCACCAUACUCAGGCUUCUUUGUUGAGGGCAUUGGAACCUUCGUCGAUUUCUACCUCGCUUUUCUGUUUGUCUGUGUCUUAGACAUUUUGAACAGCGGAUUCCGCAUCACCCGAGAUUGUUCUGCCGUGAGCUGCUCCGACCGCAGUGUCCGUCAGACAGCGCAAGGAGUGCAGGUCCAUCCUCCUAGCAAGUUUCAAUUUCUCUCAGCGUUUUUCCUGCGCCUAUGCAUCAUCCUUUUUCUGGUUGCAAAAGGUCUCGGACUCACCGGGAUGUAUCUCAAUCCAGCCAAUGCUUACGUACAUACCUGGAGAGUCGGUAGCAUUCCGCUGCGCACGCAUCUUUUCGUAUAUUGGUUGGGCCCUUUUUGUGGUGUGUGGUUAUCAGUUCAGUUGGAGGACCUGACUUCCUACUUAUUACAGCGCACGAGACAGUUGAAUCGCUCUACCGUUCACGAGUCCAGUGCACCCAGUUCAUCUGUCCCUGGCAAUUCUUUCUCCAUCGAUCGUGCUCCAAGCCGUCUCAAAGUGCAAAGCGACAAUCGUUUGACAACUGGUCACCGCAAUUUGAACGAUCCGUCACAUCCAGGUUAAUUUUGCUCCUGCUCAACACCUUUCGCAAUAUUUUCGAGAUGAUUGAUUCUCCAUAUACGUGGUGAACACGUAGACCUAAUCCGUUCCCAUUCUAUUUUUAUUACAUUCACUUUUUGUAUCAGAUGCCCUACAAUCCUUUGCUUUCCUCCAAGCUGAGGUGAAAUACAACUGCUAUAUUCCUCUUUCUCCUACCAGGAUAGAACGGCGUGACCUUUCUUGUGAACCGUUCGCAUUUUAUUUCUGCCCGUCGCUGUAUUUGUGUGCAACCCUUGUGUAAAUUGAAUAGAUUUAACGACCCUGUGCUCUGCAGCUGCAGCGCCGCACGUUGGUCACGUGCUCAGUUCAGACCAUGCGAGGACAAGGCCAUUCGUUUGUACCACCGCAGGCCUGAAGGUGUGCGCGUCUCGCAGGUCGACUAGGUGGACAAGCUAAAGUGCAGCAUUUGCCGUUGCGGCCGUGGGAAUUGUUACUCCGUACCUGCAUCUUGAAUGUGCUAUUGUCUCUGCCGUUGUACUGCCAUAGUAAUUUGUCAUACAAACGUCGG